UGUUAUUCGUCGAUAGAUUUCCCUCAUCGCUAAGAUAUAUUCCGUGCUGGGCAACGAUACUUUCAAGUUUCAUUGAAUCAGUUGUAACGGAUACUGCACGUAUUGUUCCAAUAGGCAAUCACAUUUCCGUAUUUAUCCCUGUAUCAGAGACGGAACAGAAAACAAAAUUUAUGGAUGCUACCAUGCAAACAUCACCCGAAAUGGAACUUAGCACGUCAAUGAUAGCUCGUCAAUUGCGUGAUAUGGCUGACAGAUUUGAGUACCAUUACAUGAAGGAAGAACAGUGCUCCUUAUGUACACCUGUGCCAUCGCAGUGGAAGUUGCGAAAUCUGUCGUUCCCAAUUUUCAUCGCAUUUGCUACAAAGAACUUUCUCAACGCUGUGUUGAAACGAAUAUUCGAGCGAUUUUAUCUGAGAAAAAAGUGA